AUGUUCGCCCGCCUCGCCGUCGUCUCUACCAUCGCGUUCGCCGCCCUCGCUGCGGCGACCAAGUGCAACACUGGCCCGGUCCAGUGCUGCGAGAGCCUGGAGAGCGCAAACUCUGCUGCCGGUUCUGCGAUCCUGGCGGCGAUCGGUGCAACGCUGCAGAACACAAACGUGGAGCUUGGGCUGAAGUGUUCGCCGAUCGACAUGGUCGCUGUCGGGUCGGGCAACGCUUGCACGACUAACACGGUGUGCUGCAAGAACAACAACAUCGGUGGCGGCGUUUCCGCUGGCUGCGUCCCGGUCACGCUCUAA